GAUUGCGAGAUCUAAGUCUUAUUCAAAAUCCUCCAAAUUCAGAAGAAACAAAUAAUGAACAACAAACUGCUAUUGGAUCUUCGAAUGUUCCGAAUACAACUGACAAACCUGCAGAAAUUCAAAGUAAUGUUAACUUUAAUUUACAUGCAUGUUGACUUUUAUUAUUGAUUUUUGUUUCAAAUUCUUAUAUUAUAAUAUACCAUUUUUUAGCUAAAAGUGGUGGGAGGCGCAAAACUCGAGGAAGUAUGCUAUUAAAAGAUUUAUAUGAGUUAAAUUUUAUCGAGCGUGUCAAAUUAGCUAGAAACAGUCAUGGUCAGCCUAUUGGAUUAGAAGUUCAACUUUUAGCAGGACACUUGGGCAUUAUAGCACAAAAUGUCAAUCUGUUGCCUAUCAACUACGAGUCAUGACAUCAAAUGCCUGAUAGUAACAAAAAUCAAGCUCUCGAUAAUAUUAAGGAGAGAUUUCCUUUAGAGGUCUUGGAUAAUUAUGUGAAGAAGGCAUUAGGAAAAAAAUGGAGAGACCAUAAAAGUGUUUUAAAGAAGGAAUAUUUUAAGAAAAAUAUAAGCCUCAAAGAGAAAUUGCGAAAUGUCCCGCUGGGAAUGCUGAGGUACCAAUGGGAAUAUGCCGUUAGAUUUUGGAAUUCAAAGAAAGGAGAGGAUCAUGAGCGAGUUGGAACUACAAGUAGGCAAAAACAAAAAUUCAUGCACACAGCUGGGUCGAAAAGUUUUGCUUGUGUAGCUAAUGACGAGGUAUUUUGAAUUUAUUAAUUGUG